CGCCGCGACCGCCGCCGCCGCCACAGCCACCACAUCACGCCCUCCCAUAGCCCCUCGCGCCCCCGUUGUUGCUGACGCAGACACCCUCCCACCCUCCAACAUUCUCAAAGUGCGAGUUAAAUGUGUGCGCUUGAGUAAAAAGUGGCAGUGCAUCAUCUGUGUUCUCAUAUGUGAAAGAGUGCGACACAACAAGUCAUAUCGUCACGCAACUAGAGAAAAGUGUUAAAAUACUGGAGAUCUUCUGUGUGUGCAAAAGGUGUUUAUUGACAACAUGAAGAGCCAUUUCUAAAGAGAACAAAUGACAAUAAGGUUUACGUAUUUUUCUCUCCAUAACACUAUUUUACAUUUAAUGUGUACAUUUGUUAUGACAGAAUAUGAUGUCAGCAAACACAAAGAGAUAACAAUAGAGAGGAAAUAGGAGGAUGAGAGAAAGAGAAAUAUAAUCUUUGUUCUUAAGCAGGUCAGGCUCCUUCCCCACUUUCACCAACAAUGCUGCACAUCUCAGCAACUUCUCUGCUUUCUACAGGCACAGUAUAUAAGAACAGCUCAGUUACAAAGAACACUCAGUCAUCAGUGUGAUGGAAAGUUGGGUAGACUGUGCUGCAGUUGUUUAUAUCUCUUAAGGUCUUAAAUCCCCAAAAUGUCUACAGCAUUUCCAUUGUCUAUUAAAUAUGUGAGCCCAGAUAUAAACAAACAGUUAUUAGAAGAUUUUACAGGGGAAAGAACUGGUUUUGUGCAAGUAGGUGAUGACCAGUGGUUUUUCCCAAGCAAGUAUGCAUCUGAAGGAGUUAAUUUCUACAAUUUAAGUGUACGGAAAGAUGACACAUGGGUGGUAACAUUUCCUAGAUCAGGAACAACAUGGACACAAGAAUUAGUCUGGUUGAUAGCAAAUGAUCUUGACUAUGAUACAGCUACCAAAAUUCCUCUGGUUGACAGAUUUCCUUUCCUUGAAUUUAGCGUAUUUGUGCAUGAUGAAGUGAAGAAGGAGCUUCUUAAUCAGUCUGAAGGCAAUCCAGAAAAACAGGCCCUAAUAGAAAAACUCAGUAAGCCAGGAUAUGAAGUCCUUAGUGAAAUGCCUUCACCCCGCUUCAUCAAAACACAUUUUCCAUUUAGUCUCUUGCCACAAAAUCUUUUAGAAGAAGGAUGCAAGGUGAUCUAUGUUGCAAGAAAUCCAAAAGAUGUUGCUGUAUCCUUUUAUCAUCUAAAUAGACUCUUCCGUACACAAGGAUAUCGAGGGGAUUUUAAAAAGUACUGGGACUACUUUGAAAAAAAUCUCCAUCCAUGGACACCUUAUUGGACACAUGUCACUGAAGGAUGGAAGAGGAGAGAACACCCGAAUUUGCUGUUUUUGUUUUAUGAGGAAAUGAAUAAGGACAUUUCAGAAACUGUUGAAAGAGUGGCAGACUUUCUUGGGAAAUCUCUAACUGAUGAACAGGUAUCAGAGCUCACAUCAUAUUUGCAUAUAAAUAAUUUCCGUAAAAACACAGCAGUCAACAUGGAUCAGCUGAAAGACAUUGGACUGCUGCAGAAUGGAGAGCAGGAUUUUAUAAGGAAAGGUCAAAAUGGUUCAUGGAUUGAUGAGUUCACACCUGAGUUGGAUAAAAGGGCAAAUGAAUGGAUAAAAGAAAAUUUGAAACACACUGACCUCAGAUUUCCUGUAAAACUUGUAGAAGAAUAAACAUUAGAAUUUGUUUUGCUAAAUGGUGUCUCUUUUUACUCAAGUUGAAUGGAAUGUAGAAGACCAAUAGGAACUACUUGUGAAUGUCCACAUUUUGUGUAGCUGUUGAAGGCUUGUUACAAAUUUUCUGCUGCAGAUAAUGUGCUCUUCUAAAAAGUAAUGCUUGCUCUGUGAGAACAGUGCACUUAUUAAAGUACCUGUAAAGAUAAAAUAAAUUAGAAUGUAAGCUGACUGCUUGCUACACUUCGACAUGAAUAUUUUGUGUGCAGUAUACAACCUCAUCUUCCCUAGUGAGAUGAUGCUUUGGAUCACGGAUGGGCAAUCUUUGGUGACCCAUGGGCCUCAUUCACGUAAUUAAACUCACUGGCCAUCUAGUCAUGUGAUGCAACAGCAGCACUCCCAGUGCAUGAAGUCAAAACUAUAAUGUCCAUGACGUUUAUGUUUUUGCAGUAACACACUGAUGUGAAUGGUACUUCUUUCCCAACAUGCCACGCCAGCAAAUUAUAUAUCAAAGUAUAUGUUUUUGAGAGUACAUUCAUUUUAUGGUCACCCAAUCUUCAGAUGUUUAUAUUUGUUUACUCAUCAUGAAAAAGCUUUCUUGCUUAUGGUAUUUUACAACAUCAUUAGUGAAGAAACAAUGUUCACAACACACAAAUAAAUAUAAACACCCGAAGACUAGAUGUUGGGCAUCUUUAAAUAUCAAACUUGAAAAAUAAAUGCCUAUAAAAGCAACUAGUUGCAGCUAAUUCACUAAAUAUUACCUUCAAUUUCAACAGCUGCAGUGUUCUGAUACACCCACAUUCUCUCUUCCAUGAAUUUGUUCUGUGAGCCAGAUUAAACUUAAUCCACCAGUUGCCCAGCUGUGCUUGAGCUGUAUGUUGAAAUCAAAUGAAGUUUGAAGUGUUGUUUAGCUAAUUGCAUUAAUUACUUAAAAUGUCGAUUCAGACAGCAUGUUAAUUUUUAUAACAUAUUUUCUGUUACUCUACUAUCUGUAUGAUAAUGUAACUUACAUACAGGUAUGUGUGUGGGGGUGUACCACAUUGGAUAGAAGAUGCAUAAGAAAUAUUGCAAAAUGUGGAGGUCAUGGGUAGAAAGCAUGUUCACUGAGUUGAUUGGGGUUUGGUUGAUUUGGGGAGAGGAGACCAAACUGUGAGGUCAUUGGUCUCAUUGACUAGGGAAGGAUGGGGAAGGAAGUCGGGCAUGCUCUUUCAAAGGAACCAUCCUGGCAUUUGCGUGAGGCAGUUUAGGGAAAUCACAAAAAACCUAAAUCAGGAUGGCCAGAUACGGGGUCAAACUGUCAUCCUCCCGAAUGCGAAUCCAGUGUGCUAACCAUUGCACCACCUUGCUUGGUAUGGUCACUGAGUGAGAGAAAAGCAGCAGCAGAAUAAAAUGAUGAAAACUACUGCACCAGUGGCUGAAGGUAUGAAGCAAGGAAUGAGAGAGAGGAAUCUGGAUCAACAGUCUACAUCAAUGCUAAUGAUAAAAUAUGCUGCUAAAUUUUAGACUACUUUCAUAAAGUCUAUAAACCCUACAUAAAUAAUGGAAUCAAUACAUCUUUUUCAGGUUUUCAGAAGUGAUCUGUCACACAGGAUCAACUUAUAGUGUAUUGCUGGCUGUUGUUACUGAACACACAUACAUAUCAUCACUCAAAAUCAAUCUUAAAUGCAGUCAAAGUGUUGAUAUUUGUAUGUUGGGAAUGAGGUUGUAUUGUGGAUUGUGAUUUAUUUGUCUUAUAACAUACAUAUGCUAAUUAUUUGAUUAGAGUACUGGAGACAUGUGGAAAUAUGAUUAAUACAAUUCCACUGAUAUAAAACUAUAGUUAAUGAGAUGGAGUAGUAUUUAAACAUUAAUGUAACUUUUCUGUGAAAAGAAACAUUUACAUAUUUACAUAAAGAGACAACUGAUAAACUACAUUUUGCUCAAAUAUUCAAUUCAUCCUUUGUGAUAUCUUCAACUGAGUAGUAGUGUUGCUGAGGUGGAGUAUGAUCUAGCUUUGUUUUCAGUGAAUCUAGGAUCAUAGUCAGAAUGUUCUUGGCUUUUAGUUUGUUGAAAUUUUGUCCUAUUAUUUUAUGCAGAAAUUUGAAAACUUUUGUGGGUAUCCAAUCCCAACCUGCACAAUAUUUGUGUUUCUACUUCUGCUGCUGAUGCUGUUUUGAAUUGUGUGAGGCAUUCAGACAUUUAACUGCUCUGAAGGGAAAUACUUUAUUGUCAUAAUCUGCAACAUUGACAUCUGGUUUAGCUACAUUAGUGAAGAAUUCAUUGUAGCAUUCUGAAAUUUGAGCUGGAUUUACAAUAAUUUCAUUCUCAAACUUGAUUUUAUAAAUUUUGUGACUAGAGGCUCUAAUAUCUAAUUCAGAUUUCACAACUGACGAAACUGCCUUUGA